AUGCUAGCCAACAGCCAUGUAACCGGCCGUCGCGGCUCGCAGUCCCAAAAGGACCGCAUCUUGCCUCAUAUGAAAAAGAAUGAUUGGUCCGGACCUCUUUUCGAUACGAUCUACGCUGGAGUUUCUAUCUCAACCACGGCCAAUUCCAGCCCCCACAUUGCGAUUGCCUUUCGUGAUGUGACAUACCUUUUGGACUUUAUAGAGACAGUUCUUCCUCCAGAGGCCACAGAAGUCGAGAUCGGCCAGUCUAUUAUUUCCGAGCUUAAAGAGUACAGUGACAUACACCUGGAAAAGAUUGUUGGUAUUGCGCUGCCCCGAACCUUGCAUGAACGGAUUCCAUCUUUAUGCCCACAACUUUGGGCAGAAAUGGACAUUUUGCCGAUCGCCCUGGAUGAGGAGUCGUCUGUCAUAUCUUAUGCUGAGAACGAGACUCGAGUGCAUCUUGAGCACAAAGCUAUCGAUGAGCAGGCUGAAUCAAUGGCGAGAAAAUGCACAAGGUUCUUUGGACCCAACAAUCUGCCACUCUUGCAUGUCGGCUUUCUUGGCGACGUGGGGGUAGAUGCGAGCUUUCACAUUAAACUCAUGAACGAAGACUGUUUCCAGCAGAGUGUUCGGCCAAAGACCUGGUCAGCCGUGGAAUACUACGUGAAGGAUCUGAGGGACCGACAAGUAAAAAUCGCCUUCUUUAGUGCGACUCCUCAGGGCGGGGGCGUUGCACUCAUGCGGCAUGCUUUAAUUCGACUAGCACACGAAGUCGGCGUGGACAUCAAAUGGUAUGUGCCGAAGCCAAGGCCCGAUGUAUUCCGCAUCACCAAAACCAAUCACAACAUCUUGCAAGGUGUUUCCGCGCCACACGAACGACUGAGUCCAGAAAGUCAGCAACACCUAGUGGAUUGGAUCGAUGACAAUGCCCACAGAUACUGGAUACGCAAAGGCGGCCCUCUUGGUCGGCCUGCCCAGGGGGGCGCCGAUAUAAUCAUCGUUGAUGACCCCCAAAUGACCGGUCUCAUUCCGGUCGCCAAAAGAAUGGAUUCACAGAGACCCGUUAUCUAUCGAAGCCACAUUCAAAUGCGAAGUGAUUUGAUUGAAACGCCUGGGAGCCCUCAAGCUGAAGUUUGGGACUUCCUCUGGGAGCAGAUUCAAGCCGCAGACAUUUUCAUCAGUCAACCGGUGGACCAUUUCGUUCCUCAAAAUGUGCCCCCGGCUCGUGUAGGAUACAUGCCCGCAUGCACCGACUGGCUGGAUGGUCUCAACAAAAACAUGAGAGACUGGGACACUGCGUUCUACGGACGGAUGUUCAAUCACUCCUGCAAGAAUACGGAAAUGACCACCAUUAAUUACCCCGACGAACCAUAUAUCGUGCAAAUCGCACGAUUUGAUCCUGCCAAGGGGAUCUUUGAUGUUCUUGCAUCAUACGACAGCUUUCGAAGUCUACUGGCUCAGUCUCAUCCUGAGAUGAAGGCACCGAAACUUCUCAUUUGUGGCCACGGAUCCAUAGACGACCCCGACGGAUGUAUUAUCUAUGACGCGGUUCUGCAGCGUAUUCAAGAUACCAUGCCACAUCUUUCGGAUAGUAUUUGCGUCCUGCGUUUGGGACCAUCGGAUCAAGUCCUGAACACCUUGCUCUCCAAAGCACACAUUGUCUUGCAACUCUCAGUGCGUGAGGGAUUUGAGGUCAAAGUAUCGGAAGCAAUCCACAAAGGAAAACCUGUCAUCGCGACCCGUGCAGGCGGCAUCCCGUUGCAGUUGGAGGAUACAAAGAACGGGUAUCUUGUUGAAGUCGGAGAUGUUGAUGCCGUCGCCAACCACCUCUUGGCUUUAUGGACAGAUCACGAUCUCUACCAGCGCAUUAGUGCUUACUCCUUGAGCCAUGUCAGUGACGAGGUCAGCACAGUCGGACAUGCUCUCAACUGGUUUUAUCUCGCGUCCAAGUUGUCGAAAGGUCAGAAAGUGCAGCCGAACCAAGAUUGGAUUCAGGAUCUAGCCCGACAAGAGCUCGGUCAAUCGUACUCCAAAGCCGACGGAAAACUGAAGCGGUCGGUCCAUGAUGCUCACUGA